UCACUCCGGAGUAAACAGGAGCAAAAAAUCUUUGCUCCUUUUUACUCCGGUUUGCUACCUGAAGAAGAAAAAGGAGAAGAAGAGAGUACAGGAACGAUUUUCUCCGGAGUACUUCCAGUUUCUCCUGGUACUGGAACAGACCUAUGGAUUGCCUAAUUCCGAACGGUUUGACCGGGAGGCUGGGCACAGAUUUAACCUGGCAUCCCUGCCGCUGUUUACAUUUAGUGAUAUUUUCGAAAUUUCUCACACAAGAUUGAACUAAAGAAGGUUUUUCAUUAUUCAGUCCAAAACGAGGAACUUUAUUGAAAAAACCAUUUCGCUUUUAAAUUUUUGUGAUAGGCAGAUUUUAAUUCGAAAAUGACCGAUUUUAUCAAGCGGGAAUCUCUUUCACUCGAGGAUAAGGAUGUGCUGUUGAUUUGUGAAACGAUUCCCCUGGAUGGCGAGGACGACAACAACGUGGACAUCGUGUCAGUGUCUUCCGCUUCCGAUCAACAGAUUCUGUCGGUGGAGGGUGUAGGUUCUCUUGCGGACCCGAUGGUACCGAAUGGCGAAACACCUAUCAAACUGAUAUGCGAUUGGAAUGUCGACAAAUACCGGAAUCCAUUUGAGCCAGAUAUUCACUGGGAGCUGCGUCGAAACUUUAUGGUGCAAUAUAAAGACAAAAUUCCGGAGGCUGAACUCCUUGCUCUGGCACAUUCGUUUGUUAAUGUGGAAGUCUUCGGUGCAGUUUAUUGCGAAGAGCUAAUGGCGCAACUCGCGUUGCUAGGAAAAUCAAUUGCGAAAGAGUAUCGCUCAUUUAAGAGUACUACAGCAAAGAGGGUUACCGUUCCCGCCUCGGAAGCUGCUUUCGAUUGGAUAAAUCAACGGUCCGUAGGUCUGAAAGCGAUCGAACGAAAGGAACAAGCUGCAGUGUUACUAAGCCCAGUGUUUCCGGUUACAACGCUUCAAGAUAUAUUUCAAAACUUCAUUCUACUGGAUGAUAACAUAGAGGAAAGUGGAAGAGAAUUUGAGAAACUGGGCUGCGGGUGGUUCGAGUUCGAUGUGUGGCGCAAUGAGCAUAAGCUUUGGGAGGCAACAUGUUCAGUGGCCGGAUUCUUACUGUCUAAAGUUGUAGGGCCGCUAAAAAAGGCGCGACAUAAAUGUCGCGAGGAAUUGUUAAAAUUACUUAGGAGAAAGUGUUAUAAAAUCAAGGUGAAUCCUAAUCGUUGCUGGGACAGUUGCAACGUGGAACGAUUGGAGGUGGGUGAAGAUCUAGAUAUGAACGGCAAUCCAUUCGAUAGUCGAUCACUGCAGCCUCCCGUGGCAAAGGAUCAGCUCAAGGAAGAUAACGUCGGUUAUCGUUUACUGAAAAAGCUCGGUUGGGGCGGUGGCCCCCUAGGUAAACAUCAGAUCGGUAUUGUGGAUCCUAUAGAAGUGCAAGCCAAGCGAGGCAGGCGGGGAUUAGGAUUACCGCAACUGUCCCUAAGGUCACAAACGUCUGGUGGACAUGGAUCACAAACACCGUCAAAUAAUAAUGCAUUGCUAGCUGGUCUAGAUUUAACCAAGGUGCCCUUUCGCAUUGACGUUGGCUUCUAUAAAGAUUUGCUGAGGAAUUUCAAAACAAAACGACUAGGGUAUGAUUUGAUAUUUUCGUCUGAGUUUACCGAAACGGAGAGAGCUUUACUCGUCAAAAUAGCAACCGAUCUAGAGCUACAGUGCACUACGAUUACCUACGACUACGAACACUACCAGUUCGUUCUGAUGAAACAUCGAAUGUCACCCCAUGAACUGUUGAUAAAAAUUUUGGUGGAAGGGCAUCCAAUUUACAGCACACUGUAUACGGUGGAACCACCGGAUGAGGAGCUAGAAAGACACAAUAAAGUACUAGAGCUGUGCUCUAGAUAG